GUAGGCUUGGGCGACGGGAAAAUAUUGAAAGACCCAGAUGGCACCUUGCUGUACAUCACUCUUGAUCGCAAAAACGACAACAGCAGUAGCAGCACCAGCAUCACAACGUAUUCCGAGCAAGUUGAUUGAGACCAACGGGUCAAGAUGAGCGCCACAGCGGCUAUUCGCGGCUGGCGCCUAUGAUAACCCGCUUAAAAGAAGAAAAUUCAAGGAAAAAAGGAUGACGGGCCUUGCGGCGGUAAAGACGUCGGUCGAGAGCAUUCGCGACGAAAAGUACAAAUCGACCGAAUUGGAACUCAUGAGAAUGAUCUUGCCCAGGCCGAGAAGACUAUGACGUCCGAACGGCAGGAUCUCCAAUAUGCAAAUGCUGAGAUUGGAUCAGUGAGACGCGAUUUGGAUAAGAUGACACGUCAGGCCGAUGAGGAUAGGCGCAAAUUCGAAAAUGAUAGUGCCACUCUCAACGAUGAACUCAGAGCUGCAUACGAGCUGGCGGACCAACGAAAGAUGAUGCUCAUCAGACACGAUUUCGGUCUCGAGUGGUAUAAAGAACGAUCGGCAGACGCAGAUAGCCGCGCCGAUGGCCUCGAAUCCGAAUUCAAGUCAGCCCGUACCAUCAUCGAGCAGUUCCGCAAGGAAUUGGCCGCUCGCACUAUUAAGCGCGACGAAGCUAUGGAGAAGAGCGACGAAAUAGGGAAGCAGCUAAAUGAGCGCUCUGCCCAGUUAGCGGCUUGCACUACGACAUCUUUGAGUGUGAAGGGAUAAGUG